CAUGACAAAGGAGCGGAUGCCGCUGCGCGCAGGGGGGAGGGCGUGCAGUGGAUGUCCGCUUCCAUCGUGCCGGUCUGGGGGUGGUGCGUCAAGGUAGAACAGGUACCCUUAGGCUGCGGGAGUCCGUUGGUGCCAACAAAAUGGAUGCGGGCUGUUUGUUUUCUGUCCUAACAAUUCACCGUCGGAGUGGAUGAACCUAUUAUCCAUUCAUCUCGGAAUUGCUAGAAGCCAGAGAGCAGACGGGGGUAUUGCCAGUGGGCAAG